AUCAAAAUUCCCACAGUUGACAUUGAAGGACCAGAAGUUGACAUUGAGGGGCCCAGAGGAGGAUUCAAAAUGCCGAAAUUUAAAAUGCCCAGCUUUGGUGGGAAAGGUCCAAAACUUGAAGGGCCUGAAGUUGAUGUCAGUUUCCCAGAAACAGAUAUUGAUAUUAAAGCCCCUGGAUUGGAUAUCAAAGGACCAGAGGUUGACCUUGAGAGUCCUGGUGGCAAGAUCAAGGGACCAAGAUUCCAAAUGCCAACCAUCACUGGACCAAAGAUCAGUAUGCCAGAUGUGGACUUCAAUCGGAAAGGGCCCACAUUUAAAGGUGAUUUGUCACUUCCAAAGAUUGAAGGAGACAUAAAAGCGCCUGGUGUUGAUAUCAGUGCUCCAGAGAUUGAUAUUAAAGGUCCUCAGGUUGAUGUUGAAGGUCCAAAAGGUGGAUUUGACAUGCCUCAAAUAAAAAUGCCUUCCUUUGGCUUCAAGGGUCAGAAAGUGAUUGGUCCAGAUGUUGAUGUAAACCUUCCAAAAGCUAAUAUUGAAGUUAAUGUACCUGAGGUUGACAUUAAAGGCCCAGAAUUUGACAUUGAAGGUCCUGAUGCAAAACUGAAAGGGUCCAAGAACAAAUUGCCAUCACUGUCAGGACCCAAGCUUCCAGGAUGGGAUUUUGGUCUGAAGGGGCCCAAAAUGAAGGGAAAUGUCGAUGUGUCUGUUCCAAAGAUUGAGGGUGGUAUUAAAGCUCCCAAGGUUGACAUUGAAGGACCAGAUGUUGAUUUCGAUAGUCAGAAAGGAGGAUUUAAAAUGCCUAAGUUUAAUAUGCCAACUUUUGGUGGAAAAGGUCCUAAACUUGAAGGGCCAGAAAUUGAUGUCAGCCUUCCAACAGCAGACAUUGAUAUUAAAGCACCUGAAGUGGAUAUCACAGGACUAGAUGUUGAUAUUGAGAGUCCUAGUGGUAAGUUUAAAGGGCCCAGAUUCAACAUGCCAACUGUUUCAGGACCCAAACUUUCCAUGCCCGGUGUGGAUUUCAAUCUUAAAGGUUCUACUCCUAAAGGUGGUGUUGAUGUCUCAGUUCCAAAGCUGGAAGGCCCUGAAGUCAAAAUGCCAACCAUAAAAGGACCAACACUGCCAGACGUUGAUGUGUCAGCUCUGAAUAUUGGAGACAUUAAACCACCUGUCAUUGAUGUUAAAGGUCCAGAGGUUGAAGGCUUUAAGGGUGAAAUUCAAAUGCCCAGAAUCAAAGGGCCUACAAUAAAAGCUGAGAUGGAUGCAUCAGUGCCCAAAAUGGAAAGGGAUAUCAAAGUUCCAAAAGCUAAUAUUAAAUCACCAACCAUGACAAUAGAAGGUGGAAAGACAGGUGUUACAUUUCCCAAGUUCAAAGGUCCUAAGUUUGGAAUGAAAUCGAUAGAAGUCGAAGGACCUGGAUCAAUGGUUAAGAAACCCAUGUUCAGCGUGGGAGCUAAAGGUUCCAGAACAGAUGUACAUCUCCCAGACACUGAAGCAAGUCUGGAUGCCCCUGAUAUUGACAUCAAUGUAAAAGGGAAAAGGGGUAAAUUUAAGCUUCCUAAAGUGAAAGCAAAGGCAAAGAAACCUGAUUUUGACAUAGAAACACCAGUAGUAGACCUGGAUGUAGACACACCCAAUGUUCAUGUUAAAGGAACAAAGGUAAAGAAGCCUAUUUUUGGUAAGCUUCAUUUUCCUGAUGUGGAAUUAGAUAUCAAAUCACCAAAAUUGAAAGGCGAUGGAUCUUUAUCUGAGGGACUGAAAUCACCUGAUAUGCCAUCUGUAAGCCUAAAUGCUGCUUCUGAUGGGUCUUCUGUUGAGUGUCCAGAUGUUAUGUUGGAAGGGUCAGAUUUGAAAUUCAAGACUUCUGAUAUUAAAAUGAAAAAUGUGAAAUAUGGGGCAGAGGUUGAUGCAAAUGUUCCAAUGGGCAGUGCAAUUGGUGGCCUUCAAUACCCAGAGGAUAUAGCAAUAUUCCCCAAAAUCAAGGUACCAAAAUUUGGUAUUGCUCUUCCUCAGCCAGAAGGCCAAGAAGGUGGAGAAAAUGUAAAAUCUGAAUUUGCAGCAGCUGGAGGAAUACAUCUACAGCAUCCAUCUGUCAGUGCCCAAAAUGUUGAGGUUGCCAGUCCAGAACUAAAGCAAAGUGAAAGCAAAGUAAAGGUAAAGAUGCCAAAACUAUUUGGUAAAUCUAAAGCAAAGGGUAGUAGUGUAGGUGACGUUCGGGGACUUGAGGGAGAAUUGAGUGCCAGUGGAAAAGGAAGUAAAGAUCUAAGUGUACAAACUGGGGAAUUGAUAGUUGGGAAAUUAAAACUAGAAGGUGAUCCUGAACUUGGUGUGUCAACUAAAGGCAAGUCAGCCUCACUGGAUUUUUUCAAGAAAUCAAGGCAUCGGUCAUCGUCUCUGAGUGAUGAGGGAGGGCUUGCAGUCAGUUCUCCUUCAGUUCACCUAGAUGCUGAGGGUGGCGACAUUUCAUUAGACCUGGGAGGAAGCAAGGUCAAAGGAAAGAAAAGCAAGUUGAAGUUUGGCACCUUUGGAGGGUUUGGUUCAAAGUCUAAGGGCUCAUAUGAAGUGACAGAGGGCAGUGAAGCAGGAGCAGAGGGAAGUGCAGGUCUGUCCCUACCAUCUAAAAAGUCAAGAUUGUCUUCAUCUUCCAGCAGUGACAGUGGUUCAAGAGGUUUUAGGUUCCCAAGACUUGAACUAUCUGUCUCACCCAAAAAAUGAAUAGUUAUGAAGCCAAAAAAACUCUCAUGUACAGUCAAAUAUAU